UCUGUGCGCCACGCUCCGGUUGGCUGCUCCUUCCUUCCAGCCAUCCUUUCUUCCAUCCAUCCUAGUUUCCUUACCUUGGCUGUCUCCGUCCCUCUCGGGAGCUUGGGCGUUCUCACACAGGACUGGAAGAAUUAUACGCCGGCUGACGGGAUGAAUAACAACCUGUUUUGAAUGGUCUGAAUUCGGGAAACAUCGCACCCUGGAAAGGAGGGGAGUCGAGAGGAAACCGGAGGAUCCAUCACCCGCCGGUGCUGAUUUUACAGAGGUAUGCCAGUGCCUGAGGUUUUGUCAGAAACUGCCAGUUCAACCAUGUUGAGUCCCGUAUUCAAUACUCCCAAUGGAGAGGGUUCAGAGUCUGAAACCACCUCUGCGAUCCUUGCUUCAGUCAAAGAACAGGAGUUGCAGUUUGAACGUCUGACCAGGGAAUUGGAAGCUGAACGACAGAUUGUUGCCAGUCAGCUGGAGAGAUGCAAGCUUGGCUCUGAUACUGGAAGCAUGACCAGCAUCAGUUCAACAGAAGAGAAAUUUCGCUGGAACAACCAAGAUGGUCAGAAGGACAUAGAAGAAGAGCUGACCACAGGCCUGGAACUCGUAGACUCCUGCAUCCGGUCCCUCCAGGAGUCAGGCAUCUUGGAUUCACAGGACACAUCCUCAGGAGAUAGACAAGGUCUUCUGUCUCAAAGCGCCUUGCAUCUGAACAGUCAGGAUGCCUAUGCAGCUGCUGGUUACCAAAGCAAACAGGGACUAGCACUUGGGGCAGUUCACAGCUACAACCAGGUUUCAUCAGGUUGUGUCGCUGCUCAAUUGCCUGGAACAGAUUCCCAUUCCCAGGCACAGAACAGCGCCUUCUACAUGGCCUCAGAACCUGUAUCUGCUGCAGCUGGACCAUCCAUGUAUUACUCCUGUGCCACUUUACCUUCACAGCGUGUCAGUUCACCACUGCAGGCGGUGGGUUCUCCUACCAAGCUGCAACGUUUAGGAUCUGCAUCCUCUGACAUACCCAGCUAUGCCACGCUACAGAGGGUAUCCUCACCCAAACAAUCCCCAAGCAGACUGGGAAAGUCCUUCAGCACCUCUUCCCCCAUUAACAUGGUUGCAUCAGGCGGUGCUGGCUCAUCCUCCCCUCUCAACAUGGACCACAACACAUCCCCAGUUCACCAGCUGAACGCAGCGGUGGGCAACUAUGCGACACUGUCGCCCACAAAGCGCAUGUUACAUCACAUUGGUAUGGACAACUUCAAGAUUUCCCACGAGCUGUAUGCCAAUGCCACGCUGAAGAGGCCUGGGAGCCUGGCAGGCUCCCGAGGUUCAUACAGCAGCCAACAUAGUCAUCUUGGCUCCGAUCUGCGACCUCUACAGUCUCCCGAACACCACAUUGACCCCAUUUAUGAGGACAGAGUAUACACUAAACCCAACCUGAGAGGUCAAGCCAUGAACCAGUUGUACCAAGAAGUCCUCAACUAUCUGCUUUCUCCCUAUGCGCCUGUUCCUGCUCUAGCCCAGUCCUCCCCUGGUGUCAAUCCAAUCCCUUUGCAACGAACAGGAAGCCAGAGCACAGUGGGGACCUUCCACAGAAGUAGUUUUGCCACGGGAGGCAGUACAGCUGACUAUGGCAACCAGUACCGCACCUUGCCGUUCCUCCCGUCCACAGAGUCGCCUUACAGCAAGUCAGGUCCAGCCCUCCCUCCAGAGGCAGCUCUGGGCAGGUCUCCAUCUGUAGACAGCAUCCAGAAGGAUCCCAGGUACGACCCAGAUUUCCUUGUGUGGAAUCAAAAUCAAGCUCAAAGAAUGACAAAAGAGUUUGGCUGGAGGGAUCCAGAACUGCCUGAGGUUAUCCAGAUGCUCCAGCAUCAGUUCCCUUCAGUCCAGUCCAAUGCUGCUGCAUACCUCCAACACCUCUGCUUUGGAGACAACAAGAUCAAAUCUGAGAUCCGGCGGCAGGGUGGGAUCCAGCUUCUUGUGGAUCUGCUGGACCAUAGAAUGACGGACGUCCACCGCAGUGCAUGUGGAGCCCUGAGAAACCUUGUAUAUGGCAAAGUCAAUGAUGAUAACAAGAUCACUCUGAAGAACUGUGGCGGCAUCCCAGCUCUGGUCCGACUGUUGAGAAAGACUACAGAUGUGGAGAUCAGAGAGUUACUAACAGGUGUGUUGUGGAACCUUUCUUCUUGUGAUGCCCUGAAGAUGCCCAUCAUUCAAGACGCUCUGGCUGUAUUGACCAAUGCUGUGAUAAUCCCACACUCUGGCUGGGACACAUCCCCCAACACGCAAGAAGACCGUAAGCCUCACCUCCACUCAUCUCAGGUGCUACGGAACGCCACCGGCUGCCUGAGGAAUGUGAGUUCUGCAGGCGAAGAGGCAAGACGGAGGAUGCGGGAGUGCGAGGGUCUGACAGACGCACUGCUCUACGUCAUCCAGACAGCCUUGGGGAGCAGCGAGAUUGAUAGCAAGACUGUGGAGAACUGUGUGUGUAUCCUAAGGAACCUGUCCUACCGCUUGGCUGCCGAGACAUCUCAUAAUCAGCAGGGUGGAUCCGAGGAGUUGGAUGGUCUGCUAUGCGAUGCAGGGGGCAAGUACGCAGAGGGCUCAGGCUGCUGGGGGAAGAAGAAGAAGAAAAAGAAGGGACACGAUCAGUGGGACGGCAUUGGUCCAUUCCCAGAUUUGGCUGAGCCCCCUAAAGGCAUCCAGGUGUUAUGGCACCCAACAAUUGUCAAGCCUUACCUCACCCUGCUGUCUGAGUGCUCCAAUUCAGACACACUGGAGGGAGCAGCUGGGGCCCUACAGAACCUGGCAGCCGGCAGCUGGAAGUGGUCAGUGUAUAUCCGAGCUGCUGUGCGUAAGGAGAAGGGUCUUCCCAUCUUGGUGGAACUGCUGAGGAUUGACAACGACCGAGUUGUCUGCGCUGUGGCCACUGCUCUCAGAAACAUGGCACUGGACAUCAGAAACAAAGAGCUUAUUGGUAAGUAUGCCAUGAGGGACCUCGUUCACCGUUUGCCUGGAGGCAGUAACAACAAUGGCACAGGAGGAGGGGGCGGAGCUAACAGCAGCAGCCUUGUGGGUAAAACCAUGUCUGACGACACCAUCACUGCUGUUUGCUGUGCCUUGCAUGAGGUCAUCACCAAGAACAUGGAGAACACAAAGGCUCUGAGGGAUGCUGGUGGCAUUGAAAGACUAAUUGGAAUUGCACGCAGCAAAGGAGACAAGAUUCCCAGGCAUAGUCCAAAAGUUCUGAAGGCGGCAUCACAGGUGCUAAACAGCAUGUGGCAGUACAGGGACCUACGCAAUCUUUACAAGAAGGAUGGAUACUCACAGUACCAUUUUGUUGGCUCGUCUUUCACGAUAGAGCGAGACAGGACACGACCAUACUCUUCCUCUCGAACUCCCUCCAUCUCUCCCGUGCGGACCUCCCCCAACAAUCGAUCAGCGAGUGCUCCAGCAUCUCCCAGAGACGUGGUGGCGCUUAAGGAUAGGAAAGGUGAUUACGAGUUGACCAGCAAUGCCAGUUACCAGGGCAACAGGGGUGAACAUACGUCUCGGAAGGAUGCCAUGGCCGGUCAAAUCCCUGGAGGCUCUGCGGCACUUCACCAGGGAGCCUAUGCAUCGCCUACUGAUGACGUCAAGUACAAUCAGAUCUCAUCUCAAAGCCUUCCGUCUGAGCCCUACCAUCCGUUUCAGAAUCCUCUACCGUCUGACAACAACGUCUAUGAAGACCAGACUUUUUAUGACAACCACACUGGAGGACGCCCUCAGCAGGGUGAGCUCAACAUUCAACUGCAGGGCCUUAAAUCCACUGGCAACUACGUGGACUUUUACUCUGCAUCACGGCCCUACAGUGAACUUAACUAUGAGACCAGCCAUUACCCUGCAUCCCCAGACUCGUGGGUCUGAGGGUGUGGAUGGCGAUGCCCCAAAAAAAGAAGAGACUGAUGGAGGAUGAUAUUAUAUUAGAGAUGGUGAGAAGGACAUCGCCCUCACUCUGUCUAUACUUUUACUAGAUUCUGAGUAGCAAUGAUGGUAGCAGCUGUUGAAUAAGGUGACACAUUACAGAAGGUCAGCCAUGCAUGUGCAUGUUCACCACAAAAAGAACAGAUAGAUUUUCUUUCUGUUGAACAAUUGCUGACUGAAGGUAAAAGAAGAGCAGCGGAAAGUGACAUGGAUGGGUUAAAAAAAAGGAAUUUAUAAGGCUCUGAGGAUGUAUGUUUGAACUUGUAAAUUUGUGCGGUACAUUUGUAGUCUUGAAGCACAAGAAGCUGUCUGACGUCUGACACUGGUACACUCAAGCACACGGAAACACCUUCAAAGAUGGGAUGGCUCGUACUCUGCCCUACCCAGUGUUGUCAUUUUUUAGCAUUUUUUGUUGUGUUUUUUACUUUUUCCUAUUCCUGAUUCUAGUUGUACUGUAUUUGAUGUAUAAUUAUGGACAUACAUUGUAUAAUAUAUGCUGCACUGUUUCUUUCAGUACAAGGCCUACAUAUAAUCCAAAUAUGUUUUUGGUCUUAAUUCAGCACUGAUGGUGCUCCCACAUACAGUACAUCGUAUGUCUGAAGUGUUGCUAUUUCCGUGACCAAAUUCAGCAUGUUUUCUGAAUCGACACCUGUCCAGUCAAGUCCAUCCACAGGAUCUCACUUUGUAAAUAACUGUGCCAAAAUAAUAGCUCCCCACAAAAGAGGUUUCAAAUGGGUCCAAUCACAUCUUAAGUUUUAGCCGAUCGACAAGUGUAAUGUCAGUUUGUAAAAGCUUAUGUCUUUUAUUUUAACUGUCAUCACUUGACAAGUGUCAUCAAAACAGAGGUCAUAGGCUACAGUAGAAAGCAAGAAACAUCUGGAGUGAUUGUUGGCUGACAAAUGUCUUGUAAAAUAUUCAAUGUUAAACUAUAACACGUUGAUGGAAAACUUCAUGGUAGACAAAAACUUAGAGUAUGGAUUUAUAUUAUAUAUAAAUAAUGAUAUAAUUUUUUUAUGUGCAGAUUUGAAUGUCACUUGUAGCGACAACAAUAUGAGAGUCUUGCCACAAAUAAACCAACUGGUUUUUUUUCAACUUUUGAUUUUCUGGUCGACGUGCUGAACUUGUUAUCUUGCGUUGUAAUGCUGUGGCUGCGUGGCUUUCACUAGCUAGGAAUCAGGAUCACAGCCACCACUAGGAACAGGUUGAUCAGUUACAAACAGAAAACAUUUGUAAUAUUUCAUUGGUUUGAAUACACUCAACAGCAACAUGCAUAUGUCACCAUUUUCUGUUUUCCUUCAGUUGGCAGCAAGCAGAGAUUAAAAUAUCACCCUCUGUGUAGAAAGUGUCUGGUGCUCUUGUGAUCUCCAUGGAAAAUCCACAAAAUAAAAAAAAGGUUUUUAA